AUGAACUCUUAUAUUUUAGUUUUAGGUAUAAACUACACACCAGAUGGUUGCGAAGAAGGUUGGUUGUACUAUAACCAGAUGUGUUAUUUAUACAGCCCUCACCCAUUCGACGCCAUUGUCGCCAAGGAUAUAUGUAGUACGUACAAGGAUUCUGUCUUAGCCAGUGUAUGGAAUGAAGAAGAAAUGAGUUUUAUAACCACCACAAUACUCCCACCUUUCACAAAGAAUCUUGUAUGGAUAGGACUUAUACCGAAACCUAACAAAGACAAAGAAUGGAUUUGGAUAGAUGGAUCCAUGUCGGACAUGGACAAAAAUGGAAACGCACCAAAAUCAAAUCAAGAUAUAUGUGGAGCUUUGAAUGCAGAUGGAAUUGUAGUCUUCAAGGAAUGUUGGGAAAGGCUUCCAGGGUUCAUUUGUAAGAGCUCAUUAUCAAUGGCAUACAUCGAAAGUGAUCUUUUUAACAAGUCAGUUGCGAACCCACAGGAACCACCUACGCUGCUGUUUGAAAGAAUAUGGCCACCUAAACAGCAGGAUUUGACGCAGUAUGUUAAACACAUCGCCCAUACGAAAGCUGUAUCUCACGAGACUGACUGUGCGUUCUACUGUUCUCAUGUGCCUGGCUGUAAAGCAUUCAUCAUCCAGUGUGUUAUGGCAUGGAAAUGUAAUCAGUACAACUGUGAUCUUUACCAACCAACAUCUUGAAUGCAUUGAUUGGUUGAUAGUAUUCCGUCCAACCAUUUGCAGAGUUUACAACCAGUCUUAUC